AUGGAAUUUGAACAAGUUUCGAACUACGCCCUUAUAGAUCAAAUCAGUGUUAUCAUCGUUUCCUUAACUUCCAUCAUUACUUUGUAUACUCUUAUGCUCUAUGCAAAUAAGGAAGACGUAAUAAUAUUCAUGACACACUUGAAAUGGUUCAACGAUUUGCUUCGAAGCAGCGUGAACAAGUUGGUUCGCGUUCCCAUGUCUACGUGGCAUCACAGAGCUGAGUUCCCCAUUCACCUCAAACCACCAAAGCCCAACCAAACCCUUAGGGAGCACCUUGAAUGCAACAGAAGCACCGAAGUGCUUCUACUUUUCAGAUCAUUGUUUAGAGAAAGACCCUCUUUCAACAACUCCAUUGACAGCUUUUCUCUGCUUUAUGCCCUCAAAGCCUGCAACAACAAACACUCCUCCACCCAAGGGAAACAACUGCACACCCUCAUCAUAAAACUAGGGCACCAAGCCAUAGUUCAACUUCAGACAUCCCUAUUGAAAGUCUAUGCCCAAAGUCGCAACCUGCGUGAUGCACACCAUGUGUUCGUUGAAAUACCCUCUAAGAACAUCAUAUGCUGGACCUCUUUGAUUUCUGCCUAUGUUGACAACCACAAGCCCGGAAAAGCUUUGCAACUGUUUAAAGAGAUGCAGAGGAACAAUGUGGAACCUGAUCAAGUCAAUGUGACCGUUGUUCUGUCUGCCUGUGCUGAGAUCGGGGCAUUGGAAAUGGGUGAAUGGAUUCACGCUUUUGUGCGGUGUAAACAUGGGCUGAACAGAGACUUGUGUUUGGAUAACGCUCUUAUAAACAUGUAUGCGAAAUGUGGGGAUGUUCGGACGGCUAGGAAGGUGUUUGAUGGAAUGAGAAGCAAAGAUGUUACAACUUGGACUUCCAUGAUCGUAGGGCAUGCAGUCCAUGGGCAAGCAUAUGAGGCUCUUCAACUUUUCUCAGAAAUGAGAACAAGUAGAGAUAAGGGUGAUUGUGUCAUGAUCCCAAAUGAUGUAACGUUCGUUGGAGUUUUAAUGGCUUGCAGCCAUGCAGGGUUGGUUGAGGAAGGGAAAUGGCAUUUCAGAAGCAUGAGUGAAGUUUACGGUAUAGAGCCCAGAGAGGCUCACUUUGGCUGUAUAGUGGAUCUCUUAUGCAGAGGUGGGCAUCUGAGAGAUGCCCAUGACUUCAUUAUGGAGAUGGCAAUGCCCCCAAAUGCGGUUGUCUGGCGAACCUUGCUAGGGGCUUGCAGUGUUCAUGGUGAAUUAGAGCUAGCUGCAGAAGUUAGGCACAGACUACUCAAGUUGGACCCUGGCUAUGUAGGUGACAAUGUUGCUAUUUCUAAUAUUUAUGCAGAUAAAGGCAUGUGGAACAACAAGAUACUUGUGAGGAAUCAGGUAAAACAGUCAAGAGCUGGCUGUAGCUCAAUUGAGGUGAAAAGUGGGGCUGGUGAAUUAGUGAUCGCUGAUGUCGAUCAUCCUUUAUGA